AUGGAAGAGGAUUGUGAGUUUCGACGAUGGGAUGAGCUGAUUCCAGACGCUCUUGGCUUAAUUUUUAGUUACUUACCUCUUCAAGAGGUGUUAACAGUGGUGCCUAGAGUUUGCAAAGCAUGGAACAGAGCUGUAACUGGACCUUAUUGUUGGCAAGAGAUAGACAUUGAGCUGUGGAGUAACCGUUGUCACCAGUCUGAUCUUCUCGACCGGAUGCUUCAGUUGUUGAUCACUAGAAGCUCUGGUUCUUUGCGAAAGCUCUCCGUCACUGGCCUUCAGAAUGAUUCUAUCUUCUCCUUCAUUGCACAACAUGCUGGUUCGCUUAAAUCUUUAAAGGUUCCGAGAAGUGGACUGAGCAAUUCGGGUGUGGUGAACGUAGCUGAAAAGCUUUCAUCUCUCACUUUGCUGGACUUGAGCUACUGCUGCAAAUUAGGCUCAGAGGCGAUACAAGCUAUUGGCAAACACUGUAAAUCUCUGAUAGAGUUUUACAGAAAUAUGCAUCCAUUGGAUGUAGCAAGUGUCGUUUCUCACGACGAUGAAGCUUAUGCAAUAGCAAACACGAUGCCAAAGCUGAAACGGUUAGAAAUUGCAUACCACCGAGUCAGCACAGAAGGAGUACUCAAAAUCUUAUCCAGCUGCAUUUUUCUGGAGUUUUUGGAACUUAGAGGCUGUUGGGACGUGCAACUAGAUAACAAGUUCUUCAAAGAGAAGUUUCCGAAUAUGAAAGUGUUGGGUCCACGCGUGAUCGGAUUCUAUGAGAUGAUAAACGAUUGGGAGGAUUGCUGCUCGGAUUAUUUCUCGGAUGGGUKUGAUUAUUUGGCCUGGGAGUUUCUUGAGGAUGGUGAAAUGGGAGAGUUUUAUGAAGAUGAGUUUGAGCAUGGUUGGGAUGACAAUUUCUAUGCGGCAAACGUGAAUCUAGACAUGGAACCGCAUAUUUGGCCGCCAUCUCCAUGA